ACGUCGACCAACGUCACUUCCCGCGCUCAGCUGUAGGGGACGGGCAGAGGGCUCGCAGAUAUUUUAGCUCCCGAGGAAACUCGGCGCCGUCGUCACACACACACACACCCCCCGCCGCGCACGUCGCCAUCGCAUUAGGAAGGAUUCUACCCCCGGCCGUCGUCUCGUUCCUCCGCACAGCCCCGCGGCGCGUUGGGGGGUGGCGGGCAGGCGAGACGCGGAGCCGCCCCGCAGGCACUCGACAAUGGCGGAGGAGGCGCGGAGCGCGGCCCGGGCCGGGUCCCCGCGGCCCGGCUGCUCCUCACACGUGGAGAAGACGCGCAGAGGCAGCAGCAGCAGCAGCAGCGUGGUGCACAGCCUGGCGCGACAGCGGCUCGGGCAGCAGCGUCUCGCCAGCGUGGUGCAGAUGCCAGAACCAGUACUGAAGUUACGAGACAAGCGAGCCAAGUGGAAUAACAUUCCCCAGUCGAUUCGCCGUCUCUAUGACAACAGUCAACCACACAACAUCAAUUACACAGAAUGCAUCUCUACCCUCCAGGAUCUCAUUUCAUUGAUGACUGUGGAAGGGAUGGAAUCCAGUGCCGAUUAUGGGCAGGUGCCCCAGCCAGCAAAGUUCAUUAAUGCCGACGUGUUUGACCUCUUUGGAGGAGUGGAGCUGCUCGUGGAUGUCCUGAUGAGACCAACGUUACUCCCACAGGACCAAAGCAAGCUUAGAAUACAAAUGCACCUGACCAAAGCUGUGCUGGAGGUUUUACACAAUGUCUGCAUGUGUACGGAACGCGUGGCCAAGCGUCUCUCCGAGCGGCUCGAGUUCGUCAUGUAUCUCUUUACGCUGAUGUCAGAGAAGAGAGGCUACCUGCAGGCAGCCUCGCUCAUGGAAGACGUGCUGGGCACUAAAAAGGAGAUGAUCCUUCUGGAGGAGAUCCCUGACCUGGUGAAGCUCGUCGCCCGCUUCGACCGUCACCAGUUCGCCAACUUCUGCCGCGUGCUCUCGGUGAUGGUGUCUGAGCUGGAGCCAGUGGGAGACGAGAACCAGACGCUGCUGGCUCAGAACGAGCAGCUGCGCAGGCACUGCAACCCCACGUCGGCCGAGGUGAACCAAGCAAUGCUGCUGAACAUCCCGGGAAUCGUGAAGCGACUGUGCGAGCUCGCGACACAGAAGUCGACCGAGAGGCAGAGCCCUUUCGUCUUCCUGCAGGAGCUCGAGCACUGGCUCAACCUGAUGGACAACUCCGUCGCCCUGGACAUGACCACGUCCAUCGUGGACGAGAGCGGCUUGGAUACGAGCAUGGAUAUGGAGUACAGUGACCACCCUAUAAUUGACCAGCUCCCGCUCACCAUGCACGAGGUGUACAAGGUGGAGGUGCUCUACCUGCUGUGCGUGCUGCUGACGGGAAAGCACCGCGACGAGGUACACAAGCUGCUGGCAGAGUUCCGCUUGAUUCCUGGCCUGAAUGAUCUCUUCGAGAAGCUCAUCUGGAAAAACCGCUCGCACAACCACCGGCUGCACAGCCCUAACCAGAACUGCGACUGCAGCCCAGACGUGGCUCUGAAGAUCCAAUUCUUGAGGCUCCUGCACAGCUUCAGCGACCAUCACGAGAAUAAGUAUUUACUUCUGAAUAGACUGGAGCUGAUGGAGCUCGGUGCCAUUGCGCUCGAAGCCAAAGUCUCAGAAACCAAAGCGGUGGUCAACACAAACAGGAGGCUGGUGUGUCUAGGGGAUAAAGGGCUCCUCUCCAAGCUCAUCGAGGUCAUGAAGGAGGAGCCCCCCGAGUCUUCGUUCAGAUUUUGGUUAGCAAGGGCAGUUGAGAGCUUCCUACGUGGUACUACCUCAUAUGUUGAUCAGAUAUUCCUUCUCAGACGAGGGUUAUUAGAGCACAUCCUGUCCUGCAUCAUCGACAGCGAAAGCACAUCCAGGGACAUCUUGCAGAGCAACUUCGAUUUGCUCGGAGAGCUCAUGAAGUUCAACGUCAAAGCCUUCAAGAUGUUUGACACAUGCGUAGACACUGAAGAAAAGUUUCAGAAAUUCUUGGUGCAGAUCAACAGCUCUCUGGUGGACUCAAACAUGUUCAUCCGCUGCAUCGUGCUGUCGCUGGAACGCUUCUCUCAGACCGACGACUCCACCGUCGCGGAGGUGAUGCUGCAGUGCCGUCUGCUGACGUACAUGGCGAGCGUGGAGAACCAGCUCACCAUCCUGAUGCGCCUCAUCAGCAUUGUCCAGGUGGAGACACUCACUCAGGAGAACGUGAGCUGCCUGAACACGAGCCUCGUGUUCCUGAUGCUAGCCCUGCGGCGAGGGGGGCUGCCCAUCUACCUGAACGCGCUGCGGGAGAAGGAGCUGGCUGACAACAAGCCAGGCCACGUGCUCACCAACUUCCACUCUCUGCUGCAGUUCUGGCAGACGCACUACCUGAACAAAGACAAGGACAGCACCUCCCUCGAGAACAGCUCCUGCAUAAACUUCAGCUAUUGGAAGGAAACCGUGUCCACUCUGCUGGACGAAGACCGCAGCUCACCCUACGCCCUGCUCAGCUACGUGCGGCCGUCCUGCCUCGGCACGGACUCCGAGAACACCUGCAGUGAAAACUGAUCGAGCCUCCGCCAGUCUUUGUGCAAUGUCCCAAGAAACAAGUGCUUAUUAUUUCUGUUUGACACGGGGAUGCUGCUGUGUAUUGGGUUUGGGGUGAAGUGUUGCUGAUGACUGGGGUAGGGGGGGAAAUAAUGUCUCUGGAGAAAUUUUGUGGAGAUAAUGUAAAUUCACCGUGCAUCACAUUUUAAGAAAAAAUCUGUCUAAAAUGAACAACUUUUUAUUGGACAAAUAAUUAAUUUGUAACAAAGUACAUAGCUAAAUAAAGCAAAUAUUGAAACAUCA